AUGGACUCGCUGACGACCCAUCCGUCGAACGCGCAGCAGGCCCGUGCCUUCACUUCGCCUUCUUCGCUCUCCUUCCCUGGUGGAGCUGGUGAUCUCACUCCACCUUCGUUGGAGAAAGAGAACCAGGGCGCCCAGGGCCAGCAGUACGCCGGAGCAAAUGCCACUGACGGCAACGGGGUGACGCCCGCGACUCCGGCUGCGACUCCUGGUGCGGCCAACCAGAACAACCCAAGCGGCAUCGUUCCCACCUUGCAGAACAUCGUGGCCACUGUCAACCUGGACUGCCGCCUUGAUCUCAAGACUAUUGCGCUGCACGCGCGCAACGCCGAAUACAAUCCCAAGCGUUUCGCUGCCGUCAUCAUGCGUAUCCGAGAGCCCAAGACCACCGCUCUGAUCUUCGCCUCGGGCAAGAUGGUGGUUACCGGUGCCAAGUCCGAGGAUGAUUCGAAGCUCGCUUCCCGCAAGUACGCUCGUAUCAUCCAGAAGCUCGGGUUCAACGCCAAGUUCACGGAUUUCAAGAUCCAGAACAUCGUCGGUUCUUGCGAUAUCAAGUUCCCCAUCCGCCUGGAAGGGUUGGCCUCUCGUCACCACCACUUCAGCUCUUACGAGCCCGAGCUGUUCCCUGGUCUGAUCUACCGUAUGAUGAAGCCCAAGAUUGUGCUCCUGAUCUUCGUCAGUGGUAAGAUCGUGUUGACUGGCGCUAAAGUGCGCGAGGAGAUCUACUCGGCGUUCGAGCUGAUCUACCCUGUGCUGUCUGAUUUCCGCAAGGUCUAG